AUGUCCAUCAAUGGGCGCGAACUGAUCAAGCAACCGCCGGCGGAUUACAACCAGAGCGUACUGACGAUGCAGAAGUCGGUCACCAUCACGGUGACGCCACAGCGCAGCAGCUCGAUGGAUCUGCUAAACUUCGAGGAAAAGCGCCAGCUGAUCGCCUCCUCGCUGUCGCUGUCCGACAUCCUGCACGUCAGCCCGGCCGCGGCCCAGGUAGCCAAGGAAGUGGCCGCCAGCACGGUGAUUGCGACGAAAAAACAGAACGGUGCCACGAUACGUUCCAACAGCCUCAACUCCGGCUCCAGGACGCCACCGCUGGAGCGGAAAAGCAGCAAAUUUAGCGCCUUCGGACGUCUCUUCAAACCGUGGAAGUGGCGGAGAAAAAAGAAAAGCGAAAAGUUCGAGUCCACUUCCAAGUCGCUCGAGCGGAAAAUAUCAGUACGUGCCAACAGGGAAGAACUUGUACAAAAGGGUAUUCUGCUGCCGGAGAGCCCUACAUCUGCACUGUCGAUAGCUGCCAUUUGCAUCAGUCCCACGGACUCGGUUACGUGGUCCACCGCAUCUCAUAGGCAAUUGCAAACGUUCCACCAUCAUCCGCCACCGCCGCCGCCACCGUCUUCACUACACUAUCGCGGCCCAAACGAAGAGCAGUACACGAUCUACAACUCAGUGAACGGAACGAGCGGCGCCGUCCUGCCAAAUCUCGCAUCCUCCGCCACCGCACCAAAUAGUAGUAGCAUAACGAACAACAAUGUGCCUUUAUCCCAAUCGGCCCAGCAGAUCAGCAGCCUCGCCGGCGGUGGUGGCCACGGGGGCGGUGGCCUCAGUGUCGGCGGCACACCGGUCGGCGCGCUCAACCUGUCGGCCAUCCUUAGCGGUAGCGGGGGUCCCGGAUCGAUCGCCGGCCAGCUGGUGAGCGCAAAUGCGGCCGCCAUGGGUGGCGGACCCGGCGGUGGUGCGGGCGUUAUCGGUGCGAACAUGAUCGGUGGCAGUACGGCGGGCAGUGCGCUGGCCAGCAUACUGACGGGGGGCGGCGUUAGCAUAGGGCCGGGUCCCGGUGGCAGUGGUUCCGGGCCGCAGACCCAGCAGGGAAUGGUGCUCAUGUCGUCCGCGUUGGCGCACUCACAAUCCGCCCACCAGAUCGGCCAACCGCCACAACCGGUGGCCCUGAUGCACGGUCAGCAUCAGGCCCUCCAGCAGCAGCUGCAGCAACACUUUGCCAACGUUGCCGCCAAUUCCAGUGCCAACAUGAAUCAAGAAACACGCAAGGAUAAGUACGACAGCCGGCAUCACGAGGCGAGUGUCAGCAUCACUCCGGGAGCCGGUGGCCCAUCGGCGUCGUCGUCGGUGGCGGCCACCGGUCAGCACUCGGUCGGCCCUUCGGUAACGGCGGUGGCCGCACAUUCCGUAACGACCGACAGUGUCAGUGCCGGCGGUGGUGGUUGUAGUGGUGGUGGUGGCAGCAGUAGCUUCACGAUGGUGUCACAUCCGCCCCAAGCUAAACCGGAGCGGCCGAACAGUUUGGGCCCAUCGAAGCAAUCGCGGCGGAUUGUCUGCUAUCAUGGUGACGGUUUUCAAGAUAAUCAAAGGAAAACUCCACCGCCCGCCAAUGAUGGACAGCAGCAACAGCAACAGCAGCUGCAGCAUCAGCAGCAGCAGCUGCAACAACACCAGCACCACCAGCCAACGCAAUCUCUACAGGCCCAGCACCACCACCAGCAGCUCCAGCAGCAGCUGCAGCAGCACCACCAACAGCAGCAGCAACAGGCGCAGCAACAGCUGCAGGCGGCGGCGGCGGCCGCUGCGGCUCAGUACCAGCACCAGCAUCAGCACCAGCACGGCGGCGGCGGCGGUCACCAUCUGCCGAACCACAUAGUGCUGUCGGAGCUGCCGGAACCGCCGAUACCGGUGUCGGAGAUUGGCCCGAUCCCCCCGCCACCGAUGUUCUCCACGCCCAGCCCCACCCUCGUCGGGGGGCGGCCACACGGUGGCGGCGGUGGCGGUGGCGGCAGCAGCGGCGGUAGUAGUGCAGGCGGCUCUAUUGGUGGCGCUGCCAGUGUUGGCGGCGGCAGCGGUGGUGGUGGUGCUGGCGGGAUCGGCGGCGGCGGUGGUGGUGGUGGCGGCAUUAGCGGACCCGGAAGCGGGAGCGCCGGCGGCGGCGGCGGCCAACCACCGAAUGUGCAUUCCACUGGUAGCAAUAGUAGUAUUAUGAGUAACAUUAUACCGUUAGAUAUGAACGAUUACGACUACGAUGAUCAUGAAAACAAUGAUCACGAGGAGGUUGAUUCGGACGAGGACUACAUGUACCCGAUGUCGCAACCGAACCCGAACAUCGACACCAACCGUAUCGACGAGAUACCGGCGAAGGAGCCAAACAUUAACGCGGUGCCAUUGAAGUCUGCACUGAAGAAGAAGGGCUCGAACCCGGGCACCCCGACCCAGGACAACCGGGCCCUAGCGGUACGGUACGACACGAACCCGCCGGCCACCAUCAAGCCAGUUUUACGACCACGGAUUAGAAUAUGUUCCCGACCGAUGCGUUUCCAAAUUGGCCUACCCAGCACGAUGGAGAACAAGGAAAACGCGCGCCCAUUUGUGAUCCGCGAGGGCGACGACAGUGACCAGUCGGAUGGGCCGAUCUGCUACCGGGAGGACGAUGCCGACCGGGCGGCUAAAAUUGCGCGCAAGGAGAGCCUCUCGAUAAAGCUGGCGCUCCGCCCGGACCGACAGGAGCUCAUCAACCGCAACAUACUGCAGCUGCAGUCCGACAACGAAAAGCAGGAAUCGAAGGAAGCGAUCGGGGCGCGGCUGAUACGCCGCCUGUCGAUGCGCCCGACGGCCGAGGAACUGGUCGAGCGGAACAUUCUCAAAACCCAAUCACCGGCGGAGGAGAAGAAGCAGAAGGAGGAAAAGAAGCGCUACCUGUUGCGGAAACUGAGCUUCCGGCCGACGGUCGACGAGCUGAAGGAGAAGAAAAUCAUCCGCUUCAACGACUACAUCGAGGUGACGCAGGCUCACGACUACGACCGACGGGCGGACAAACCCUGGACGCGGCUAACACCCAAGGAUAAGGCCGCCAUCCGCAAGGAAUUGAACGAAUUCAAAAGCUCCGAAAUGGCCGUGCACGAAGGCAGUCGACAUCUUACCAGGUUUCAUAGGCCAUGACAACUGCAAUGGAGGGCCAAACAGAGGCAGUGCGCCGUUCUUUAUUUUACAGUUCUCAUUAGAAAUUACAAUCACCUGGCCGUGUACAUAUGAGCGCCCGUGACCGGGACUGCGGGCACCACUUUUGGACAGCACUGACGCUGAGGCAUCCAGCAAUCGUCAACUAUCAACCUACCCACUUCCCACCCUUGCGAGAUCCGCUCAGGAAGAACCCGCGGAGACCGACCAUUGGAAACAGCCGGCUCGACGAUCGGAACAGUGCCGGAUGAGGGCCGGAAGAAAAGCGUAUUGCACAAACCUUCAAAAUUGAGGGUUUUAUUUGGUUGAUUUUUGAAUAGACCCCCGGGUGCGGCAGGACGACGGGUCCGACUCUCCGAUUCCGAAGGGGUAGAACGUAUAAAAAAACUACAACAAAAAAUGAUUCCAACAUUCAAACAUUUCCACGCCUCACCGAGAUCGAUGUCAAACAUCAACGACGAUCGCCACAUUUUUGGAUAGUUUUAAUUUGCUUUUCCUUUCGUUAUGCCUUACAUCUGAUGACAAACCUGGAAGCUUCCCCGAAAAUUGGAUAACCAUUGGCUAACGUGUUCUGAUUGUUUGGUUUACGCUGCAUGCUUCCGCUUGACAUUGGGAUGUUGCAAACCGAUUUACGCGAUUUACUUUCCGAGCUGCACCCGCAUCCUCCUUCACACCAAAGGAUCCACAAGGCAAAUGUUUGAAUGAAUGUUUCGACAAAAAAACGCAUAAACAUGCUCACAUUCUCUGACGUCUCUGAAGUUGAUCUUGCAAAGCGCAAUGGCGUUGGAAACAGCGCAAAAAUCCUAAUAGCUAUGCAACCAGUCGCGAUAGAAGAAUGGAAAGUGAAGUGGAAUUAACAAAAAAAACGUAAAACGCAAACGUUCUGGUGAAGGGAAACGAAAACCUAAAUGAGAAUAAUUAUACUGUGAUAAUGUUGAUGACGUGUUUAGAAUGUUACCGACAAAAGAAAGCGGGAAAAAUGGUUCGCGUAAACAUGGCUAACAUUGGAGGUGCAGGCAUUCACAAUUGGGAAUGGAGACUGGAAAUCAACACCUGCUGAAGAUGGUAUGCGCUCAGACGUGAAGCACAAUAUCAAUGUGAAAAAGUGACACAGAAAAGAGGGAAAUAGAUGGAGCAACAUUCUGAUACUCCAGGCAAAAGGGAACACAUUACUGUCGAAGGAUCAUCUGGAAGGCGCAACGUAUGAGCCAGAAACUAAUCACAAUCACAAAGGAAAUGACAUUAUAAUGAAUUUGAAGAAACGCGAGGACGACCGUCAACCAGACAGUGCACGGACGCAACAGGCUUUGCGAACUACGCGAAGGUCCCUGGAAAUCAUUGGUCAAAACCAUAGGUCCUACUUUCCUUUCUGUUUCACACACAUUUACUGGACCGCCAUUAGUCUCUCCCCGUGCAUCCCUGAACGUGUUGAGUUGACCACUGUAGCUUCUUACUUAAUGACCCCGAAACUCCCGUACUUCAUACAGUGACCCAUUUCCUUACGAAGCAGUAAUGCGCAAGCAAAGACAAGCAAUUUGUCCAAUGCACAGGACAUUGGCCGAAGCAGAAACUGCGCUCCCAAAUAUUACAUCCAUACUAGUGUCGCAACAACACUACUAGCACUACUACCACUACUACUAGUACCGUAACGCGUGCAGGACUUACUCAUUGCAUUGUACAUAUCUUGUGAACACCGACGAGGAUUCCGCGUUCCAUCGAGGUUCGAACGGCGAGACAUUAUAGAAUACGAAAGGAGCAAGGCCGAGCGGACGAGACGUGGCGUGUGUUAGUUUUAAGAAUCCCUACAAAUAAAUGCAUUACAUUGGCAACGGCAAGCAAAAUGAGUGUCGUCUGCUGUCAGCGCAUGCAGAUUAAAAGAAAAGGAAACAUAAUAAUGGACGUGUGGAACUCCUUUAACAAUAGCUGACAAACGAAGCGACGGAGGGAGCAAAGCAGAAAACGAUCCGUAAACUUUGGAAAGCAACCGUCAAAAGUAGAGUUGAUGUGUAAAAGGUAUGCGAAUAUCUAGAUACUAAACAUUUGUCAGAAAAGUGCUCCCUCUAGUUGUGAGCGGCGGGAGGAUUACUAAACCAUUUUUUAAUGUGGAAGGUUUAGUAGAACGGUAGUAGUGUGGUAAAACAUAUUACAAAGCGAAACACGCUUAGCUGAUUGCGUGAAACUGCCAAGGGGAGCGUCGACAACAACCAGAGUGAGAAACCGAUGGCAUGAUCCGUCUGUACAACCGUAGAAGCACCCUGCGCAGACAAGUGAACACCUGUGAACGAGCGACCAGAGAGGAAAGUGGGCAAAUAUUACACGCAAUCAAUCAAUUAUUAAUACACAGAGAAUAACAUCAGUUAAUGAAAACUUAGCAUGUGACGUACGGUAGGGUUCUCCGAAAUCAAUAUGAGUACUUGAAUGUUUUUGUGAAAUUUGCUACUAAGCCGACCAGCACCGUGAGCGCGCGGGCUAAGGUGGCAAUCUGUGAAAAAGCCAUCAAAACAAAAUUGCUCUACGACACCGUCGCCUGCUUGUGGUAGGCGAUGGUAUCACAGAGAUUUGUGGUCAAAUGCGCCAACGAAUUGGCCUGAAUGGGUGAAGAGAAAGGGUGUCGUCCUUAGUUAGUUUCCAAUUUUCCGCUAACCAGCUGUCAGCACCUAGUUUCUACGCUUGUCAGUUUGUGUCUAAUCCAUCGGCAAACACAAACAGGGUGUUAAAACCAAGGUACGCAAACGUACGGCAAAUGGUUUCUCGCAAAACCGCGCUGUGCUUGUCGGUUUUUGUUGGUGCGUAACUUGUGUACUCAAACCGCAGUGUGCUACAUUGACGAGAAUCAUGUGUUGCUGCGCGCCACUACAAAAGGAUAUUGAUUAGAAGAUAUUCAGCUGUCAUUUGCCGUGCAAAAACAAAGUGUCGCACAGGUACGUCUGCCUCGAAACAAUGGGGCCGCUUUUCCGGAGCGUAAAUAAAUCAACAUGCGUAAAAGAAAAAUGCUAUUUUCUGUAACUUGUAAAUGGAACCGGACCGGAUCUAUAGAAAAACUUGACUUUUUUUAAACCAAUGUAUCAUCGCCAGUGGCGGCGUGAAUAAACGAAUGGCGGAAUAUGCGUUCCGCAGUCUAACGGCCAUCUUGUAACCCUCCUCGACUACAAACGUGAUUCCGAACAGAAUGACAUAUAAAAACUCAUCUUACGUGCGCAAAGAGAGUGAACAACGGUACAUCCAAUACAUCCGAUUGACUUCGAAAGCAUAAUUUAAAAAAAUUAAAAAGAAACACAAGUUUACUUUUAAGGCGUAAUGCAUAUAAAUAUAUAUAAAUAUAAUAAUACUGGUUGAAACAAACGAAUGAAUCGCUAGGAGGUGCAGCUGUGGACGCAAGAGUAAAAGAAUCCUUGACAGGGCCCCGACAAGCGAGCGUGUGAGAGGAGCGAAGCAAAUCAAUAAUUUGUUAAGACAAGCAAACAA